AUGUGGCCGUUCGAUGCCGUCGACUGGGUGAUGCUCAGCAUCCCCAUCGCCUACCUCUUCAUCCUCGUCGGUUCGCUCUACACUUUCAGCAGCAUCUACCGCAAGCGCAAAGCCUACCGCGCCGCCUCGCUUGAGCCCUGGUUCCCGCAGCACCUUCAGCGCGAUAUCUACCUCUCCCUCCUCCACCAAGAAGACCCCAAGGUUCCCGACUCUAUCCUCAAGGCAGCGCUGUUGCGCCGCGCGACCGAAGAUAUUUCCAGGAUCAUCCAGGUCCGGAGCCAGAAGCAGGCGCUGCAGGUGUUGCUGCAGAGGGGCAGUGUGGGUGAUGAUCUGUGGCAACGAUUCCAGCGCGCGGAGAAGGAGAUCGAGGAUGAGCUUCGGGACGUUGUGCAAGAGGCAAACGCAUUCGCGCCCAACUGGGGCCAGACUAUUUUCCAAUCCGCAUCCGAACUCUCACAGAACAACCUACUCCGCCAGCGCCUCGAUGAGAUCCUGUCCACCGCUGACUCUGAGCGGCAAUGGUGGGACACGCGCCGAUCGCAGAUCCAAUCCGAGUUGUUAGGAGAGCUAGAUCAGGACAAGACGAAGAGCCCGAAGGAAGGUAGCGUGGCUGGUAGCGUAGCGGGUAGUUUCAGGGGCACGAAGACAGCCAGCGAUGAUGAUGCAGUGUUGGUCGAGAGUGGCGGUCCUGCGGAGAAGACUGGCAAAGGCAAGAAGAAGAAGGGGAAGCACUGA